UGUACACGUGGCCUCGCAACGCCAAAUUUGAAAGCAUGCAUUGAGAGAGGAUGGGCGAUCAAGACCUUAGGCGAUUGUUCCCUGAGAUUUUCUCCUUUUUAACCUUGAGCGGUGGGACUGUUUGUGACGGUGAAAAUAUUUCAGGGUCUCUGUUUCGGUAAAGCAAAUAUGUUUUUGUGCCAGUCUCGUCCCGAGAGCUGUAAGUCGAGUGAAGUGCACGAAUAUUACAGACGAAAAUGGCGGCCGAGUGUUAUAACAUUAAUGAGUGGAUUGAGGAAAAUAAAGACUUUUUCUUGCCGCCUGUUUGCAACAAACUCAUGCAUGAACAGCAAUUGAAAGUUUUCUUCGUCGGAGGGCCCAACCAACGUAAAGAUUUCCACCUGGAAGAAGGCGAGGAAUUAUUUUACAUGAAAAAGGGAGCAAUGGAGUUAAUUAUACAAGAAAAAGGGAAGUUUAAAACAGUCCCCAUUCAAGAGGGUGAGAUAUUUCUAUUGCCGGGAAAAAUUCCACAUUCACCUCAAAGGAAAGAGGAUACCAUUGGAUUGGUCAUUGAAAGAGAAAGAGCUACACAUGAACUAGACUGCCUGAGAUAUUUUGUGAACGACUCAACCGAAGGGCUUUUUGAAAAAUGGUUCUAUUGCGACGAUCUAGGUGUUCAGCUAGUGCCCGUCAUCAAAGAAUUUUUUGCAUCGGAACAAUGCCGAACGGGCCGUCCUAUUCCGGGAACUAUUCCGGAGAAUCCGCCUUACAAACCAGAUUCCAACCGAGAGGUGGAAAACCCUUUCGACUUGAAAGGCUGGCUUGCGUUACACCGAGCUGAAAUCCAGAAAGAAGGCAAAAAGAAGCUGUUUGACAACAUUAAUUAUCAAUCGGACAUUGUUGUUUAUGGCAAAGGAAUCGAUGACUUUCAAGCCACCACCUAUGAAACAUGGUUGUGGCAAUUGGAAGGAGAAUCAUCUGUUACUGUAAAUGGCAAAGAAAUAACUCUCAAAACCGACGACAGCCUUCUCGUUCCGUCAGGAGAAGCGUUCAAGCUGACGCGCCAGUUGGAUACCUGUUUGAUCAUGUCUGUUGCCAUGCCAACGCCAAAGAAUAAUAUGGAGAAGCUUCUUUGAAACUAAAAUAAAAGACAGGUCAUAAU